AUGGCGGACUCAACUGCCCCUGCCACCACAACUCCCAAGCCCGUCCACACGAUCGUGCUCGAUGCCGGCCCAAUCCUCAAGAAUACCCCGCCGCUCUCAACCCUUCUCGCCCAAAGCGAAGAACUCCUCAUCACCCCCUCCGUUGUGAGCGAAAUUCGGGAUCCUGCUGCUCGCCAGCGUGUUGAAACCCUCUACCUGCCUUUCCUGAAGCAACGUACCCCGAGCCCUAAGAGUGUCGCUGUGAUUAGCGAGUUCGCCCGCAAGACAGGUGACCGCGCCGUGCUUAGUCGAACCGAUCUUGAGGUUAUCGCUCUUGCCUAUGAAAUCGAGUGUGAGCGGAAUGGUGGCGAUUGGCGACUUCGCAGCGUACCAGGUCAAAAGCAGGUCAAUGGCAAGCCGCCCGCUCCUGUUGUUGCGCAGGAGGGCAAAUCUGAGCAGGAAGCCGACAAGCCUGCUGAAGAGAAGGUCGAGCAGGCCCCCGAGAACAAGGAUACCGAGGUGAAAGCAGAGCGUACGGAUGUUGACGCUGUCGCUGAGGAACUAAAGGACGCAACGCUGGAAGACCAGCAUGAUGCCGAGAAGCAACCCGAACCAGAAGUUGUAAUCUCAGAAAUUGCCGAGCUCCCGGCAGAGGACGAGGAGGAAGGUUCCGAUGAGAAUGAUGACGAUGACGAUGGCUGGAUUACGCCCUCGAACUUGAAGAAGCGGCAGGCCCGCGACGAAGCCAGUUCUGUGUCAGCGGCUCCUGAGCCCAAGGUCAUGCAAGUCGCUACGAUGACCACUGAUUUCGCCUGCCAAAAUGUUCUUCUCCAGAUGAACCUGAAUCUCCUCUCGACCACCACCCUGCAGCGUAUUCGACAUCUGAAAUCCUUCGUCAAGCGCUGUCACGCAUGCUUUUCUACCACCAAGGACAUGAACAAGCAAUUCUGCCCGCGCUGUGGCAAGGAUACGCUCACUCGGGUGUCUUGCACGACGAACUCAAACGGGCAGUUCACGAUGCAUCUCAAAAAGACCAUGCAGUGGAAUAACCGAGGAAACGUCUACAGCGUCCCCAAGCCCGUCCAUGGCAGCUCGAACGGCAAGUGGAAGGGCGGCGGUGGAAAGGGUGGCUGGGGUACGGAGCUCAUCUUCGCAGAGGAUCAAAAGGAGUUCAGUCGCGCCACUGCGGAGCAGAACCGCAGAAUGCGAAAAGAGCAUGACCUCAUGGACGAGGAUUAUCUCCCUAGCAUUUUGAGUGGUGAGCGUAAUAAACAUGGUCGUGUGCGCGUCGGAGCUGGUAGGAACGUGAACUCAAGGAAGCGGUAAUGGCCUGUUCGGGGUUUCGUUUAUUUGUUUCUUCCUUCUUGCAUCACUUGGGACUGGCGUCUGGCAAAAAGUUUGAUGAUCCUCUGGCUACUUUCAGGGGUCUGGAUGGCUACGGGAUUAUGACGGUGAUUGACUUUCAAUGACUUGGAUAGACAUGCUACAUUUAAGAUGCACUACGCAAUGGACAUAGAUGGAACAAGUGCCUUUU